CGAAACUUUCACCAGAACAUCACAUCAUCACUCAUCAACAACCACCCCAAAACUUAGCAAUACAACCUCUAGAUCACCAUUUCUACACAGAAUACAGCCAAGAAUCGAUUAAACACGGUCAUUGUUCUCAUGGACCCCCGCUCCCCGACCAAGCGCAAACGCGCCCUCUCAACAACCUCAACCACCUACUCAACGGCCCCCUCCUCCUCCUCAACCAUCAUCAACCCCCUCUCCCACCCGCCCUCCACCCUCAAACAAUUCCUCCCAGCCGGCAACUCCUCCGAUGCGCCCCUCCCCUCCUCCAUCUACCCCGACUUCCCCCACCGACCACUCCCCUCCUCACCCACUUCAUCCCGCUCCCGCUCCCGCUCAACCGCCCGCUCCCGCCGCGGCAGCUUCGCCACCACCACCAGCAACAUCGACUCCGAAUUCGACGACCACACCACCACCGCCGGCACCGAUGCGGGAACAGACGGGUGGACAACAGACGCCGAUCCCGACACCCUCUCCGUAACCUCAACCGGCAAACCCUCCUACACCAAGCGCGACCCCGUCCGCAGCACAGCGAAACUGCACAAAGCGCAUCAAUCCCGCGUCGGCGCCCUGGUCGCUAUCAUCCAGCGCUGCUUGGCCGAGGGGGAUAUAGCUUUGGCGAGGAGAGCGUUCGGCUUGCUGGUUAGGGCGGACGUCAAUGGACGGAAGGUGGAUUUGCGGUUUGGGGGGUUUUGGGAGAUGGGGGCGGAGGUGCUUAUGAGGAGUGGGGAGGAUAGGGAGAAACAGCUGGAGGGAUUGUGGGGAGGAGGGGAUGGGGAUGGGACGCAGGAUGGUCGGCUGGGACUGGGAAGGUUGGAAGAAGAGGGGGUGGAAGGAGAAGACUCGAAAGAACGCCGAGAACGGAAACGCUUGCUGCGCGCUGCAAAGAAUCGGGAGCAAGUCCGUGCCUACUACGAAACCCUGAUUCAUUUGCAUCCGUGGAGCAGGCUGCACCCUAACAAAAUGGGCGCUCUGGAUUUCUACCCCGCCCUCUUCGGGUUCGAGAUGGAAGCUUGUUUUGCGGAGCAUAAAUACGGGAUGGAGGAACUCGAUCGGCAGCCUUUGUCUCUCGAUCUCAUCGACGACGACGGGGACUUACCGAUGGAAGACGGGUUCGGAAGGGACGACAUGCAAAUCGACGAAUUCGGCCAGUCAGCCCUCGACCCCCUACGGUCCUCACCACCACCAUCACCAUCUGGUUACCACCGAGGAAACGGAGGGAUGGAUAACGUCCAUCCUCUCUACCGGUCAGAGAUGGAAGAAGAUGAAAGAAGAAGCAGAAGGCCCGAAGUAAGGUUGAGAAGCGAGAAAGACAAGCUCAGACUAAAGGCGUUGGAGCAGAUGAGGGAUGUAGCGAGACGGAUGGAUACCGUGAUGGAGAAUACGCCUUACAACAAAGAUGUGGAGAUAUUGAGGUUGAGAGCGAUGGUGGCGCUUUAUGUGGGGGAUUUGAGCGUGCCUGUUUCUGCUUCCGAAAUAGAGACGGAGAUGGAGACGGAGACGGAGAGGGAGAGGGAGGAAGGGGGUGGGGGUAGGUGGAAGUCGUCGCAUGAGGAGAGGAUCAAUGAAGAGGAGGGGAGGAGGGCGCAAGCUGUUGAGAGGGAGAGGGCGAGGGGACUGUUUGUGAAGAUGAGGGAGAUGAGAGGGGGUGAGUUGGAGGAGGGGGAUGAGUGGAUUUUGGAGUUGAUUAGUGGUGGCGGUGGCGAUGGGGAAGAUGAGGAUGUGGAUGUGGAUGGGGAGGAGGAUGGGGGGAGGGGGAAUAGGGGGAGGAGUAGAGCAGCUUGAUUGAUAUCCCUAGUGAAACAAUGAGGCUUAUUUUAUUCAAGGUUAUCAAAACCGAACAUCAAACCCGUUAAAGUCUUUUAAUGCAAGUAUCAAACGAUCUAUACACAUUCCUUUCUCUUUCUCCCAACCGUCCUCCUACCCCUCCCUUC